CCGGCGGGAGCCGGGCUGGUCCCGCCCCGUCCGGCCCCGCAGCGCCCCGCACCGCCGGGGGCCGCGCCAUGUGCCGCCGCCCGCCGCGGGGACCGCGCCGCGCUCGCCGCCGCCGCUGAGCGUGCGAGGGGCGGGCGGGCGGCGCGGCCGGGGCGGCCCGUGCGGCGGAGUGAGCGCCAGCAGCGCGGCCGCGGGAAGAGCGCGUCCAUCCAUGGAGCACAACCACCUCCACCUCCACAACGGCUCCCUCCUGGCGCACCACCGCUAUGGCUGCGGCUUGGGAUACGCACCUGUCGUCUACUACAGCCUGCUGCUCUGCCUCGGGCUGCCGGCAAACAUCUUGACAGUCAUCAUCCUUUCCCAACUCGUGGCUCGCAGGCAGAAGUCCUCCUAUAACUACCUUCUAGCUCUAGCUGCUGCUGAUAUCCUGGUUCUCUUCUUCAUUGUCUUUGUUGACUUCCUCAUGGAAGACUUCAUCUUAAAUAAACAGAUGCCUCAGGUACUGGACAAAAUAAUUGAGGUCUUGGAAUUUUCUUCCAUUCACACCUCCAUUUGGAUUACGGUUCCACUAACGAUCGAUAGGUAUAUAGCUGUGUGCCAUCCGCUGAAGUAUCACACUGUUUCCUACCCUGCUCGUACUCGAAAAGUCAUUGUUAGUGUCUAUAUCACCUGCUUUUUAACCAGCAUCCCCUACUACUGGUGGCCCAAUAUUUGGAUUGAAGACUACAUAAGCACAUCAAUGCAUCAUGUCCUCAUCUGGACCCACUGUUUUACUGUGUACUUAGUGCCCUGCUCCAUCUUCUUCAUCCUGAAUUCUAUCAUUGUGUACAAGCUGCGACGAAAGAGCAAUUUCCGACUGCGAGGGUACUCCACGGGGAAAACAACAGCCAUUUUGUUUACUAUAACUUCUAUUUUUGCCAUACUUUGGGCACCAAGAAUAAUCAUGAUAUUGUAUCACCUCUACGUAUCACCCAUAAACAACAGCUGGGUGGUACAUAUUGUGUCAGACAUCGCCAAUAUGCUAGCGCUGCUGAACACUGCAAUUAAUUUCUUCCUCUACUGUUUUAUUAGCAAAAGAUUUCGCACAAUGGCAGCUGCCACACUGAAAGCCUUCUUUAAGUGUCAGAAGCAACCUGUGCAAUUCUAUACAAAUCAUAACUUUUCCAUAACAAGCAGCCCUUGGAUUUCCCCGGCCAACUCCCACUGCAUCAAAAUGCUGGUUUAUCAGUAUGAUAAGAAUGGAAAGCCUAUAAAAAUAUCACCAUGAAAAGGCAAUAGUUGGAGUUUCUGGGUGCAAGUUCUUUUCAAGUGGUUACAUCUUCAGGAUGUAAUUUGCUGAAAUGGCUGUUUUGAAGAGAGGUCAUUUGAUUUCAUUUCCCUGGGAGACCAAGGGCAGAUCAGACUGUGAGAAGGAAUGGAAGCACUUGAUUUUACGAGCAAAAGUGAGAAGGCAAACAUCUCUGUCUCUUACAUAGCAUUCUGAAUAUGCUUCAGAGUUCAAGUCUUAGCGUUCAGUCGCACUCAAACGUUUUGCAUCCCAGCACUAGUGCAGUCCAAAGUCAUCGGAGGGGGGAAGUGACAACAGUGUUUAAUUACAACCUUUUAAAACACAACAACAAAACCUUACUUGACCACACAGAUCAGUAUCAACAGAGCAAACAGAUGCUUUUAUGUACUGUGGAAGGUGCCAUUUCUGGUGUGUGCACUUGCCAAAAAUGACGCGUUGUUUCUGACAUGCAGUCCCACCACACACAGUCUUGCUGUCAAGACCCCAUUGCAGGAGGCAGCCUGCAAGACACAAACUGUGAAAGCCCUUUUUGGCUCAUUUGAACAAGGCUCA